UGGCGUACAUCCGGCUCCGGUUGUUGCACCUCCCCCUCCUUGUGACGUCCUUGUUGGUCUUGUAUCAAAACAGUGGAGCAGAGGCGCAGCUGGGAAAGGGCAGGUUGUGGCGGAGAUUCUGCGAACACGAGCCCGACACUGGCUGGAGGAACCUUGCCCUGCCAUGGCGGAAGGUGGUUAUGACCCUUGUGAAUGCAUCUGUUCACAUGAACAUGCGAUGAGAAGGCUGAUAAACUUGUUGCGACAGUCACAAUCUUACUGCACAGACAAUGAGUGUCUGCAAGAACUGCCUGGACCAAAUGCUUCCAGUGAUGGUGGAAUAACUUUGUCUAUGAUUAUGAUGGCUUGGAUUAUCAUUGCCCUUGUGUUAUUCCUGAUGAGACCUGCUAGUCUGAGAGGAUAUCAAACAGGUGGAAAGUCACAUGGGCCACAGAAUAAUCCAAGGCAAGAUCCCCCUGCUCCUCCAGUGGAUUAGAUUGUGGGUUCACAAUCUUGCAAUUGCCAGUCAAGAAACCAAUGACCAAACCAGUGACUGUGGCCUGAAUAAUUCUCAAAACUCUUAGUUUACUUAUAUAUUUUACUAAUAUUUUCUUAAAAGAUCAAUAUUCUCUAUAUAAUACUUAACAGUUGAGCAGUUAAUUGUAUCACUUACAAAAUCAAACUUAUAUAUUUAAAACUAAUGAAAACAUUUCCUUUCACAAGAACAACUGUGAAAUCUAGAUGAAUGUUCCUACAGAAUUGCUGAUUUCACUUAGAGGAGAACACUGCAGAUUAUUAUUUUUUUCUUGAAUUGUGCAGGGACAGUGAGAUAAGUGUCAUAUCUAUCACUGCACCUAACAGUGGACCAUCACAUAGUGCAAGCGGGACAAGCCAAAUCAAGUGAAUGUUGCCCUAAAAAAGCUUGUAAUGUUAACUUCUAUCUUUGCCAAUUUUCAGGUGAUAAUGAGGUUGAGGGCAGUCUCGGAGUGGAGAAGUGGGUUGAAGAUUACUAAUUAAAAUAUUGUCUUGGUUCUUCCUUUAAGUUUUUGAUGCGAGUUUAUUUUAUCCACAGCUUUUUUGAGGGAGCUAUUCAACAAUCCUUUUGUAACAGUUAUACUUGCAGACUUUGAACAUUUUAAUGUUUUUCUGUUCAAUGCUGUACAUUCCAAACACCUUUUAGCUUUAUCAUAAAUGUUCUGGUAUUCUGAGGUCAGUAUAAUUUAUCAUGGUGCCAACCUAUAUUGCAAAUGUAUUACUUCUAAUUCUGUAUUAGCAUCCUUGCAUCCUACUUUUGUACAGUUCCAGUGCCAAUACUGUUUUAUACUUGUUGCCAAUUUGUAAUGUUCAACUGGAAGAUAAGGUAGCUUAUUUCAGUUCUACUCCACUACCAUAAGAUUUAUUCACUAGCAUGUUAGCCAAGACCUGUAAACUGAUCACACACCAGAAUCAAAUGAUUAUGUAGCCACAAUGAUUUUGUUGCAUGAAAAGAUUGUUGCCAAUAUCUUUUAGGUGGAGUAUUAUAUAUAUAUAUUAUAUAUAUAUAUAUAUAUAUAUGGAAGACAGCACUACCUGAGUUGAGCAUUAAAAUGCCUUUGUUCAUUAUUUACUUAAUUGUGAACAUAUGAGAUGCUUCUCUUGACUUUCAUGGUGCAGGCGUUUCUAGCUGAGACCAAGAUAUGAUGGUAUGGAGCAGUAAUACUCUCAACUCCUGUUUGCUGUUUCUCACUCAACUCACUUUCUUAUAUAAAUGUUAUUGUUGUGAGGUACUGGGGCUUCCUCACAGGGUUGGAAGGUGGGGUGGAGGUGGGAAGAAUCAGGGGACCAAUAAUCUGAGCUCUGCUUAAAUUCCUACCAGAUUAUGUAGUGCAGGGAGCCCCGUAAGACUAGGAAGUGGGAAUCAAAAAUAAACUUCUCCUUGAAUUUAAUUUCAACUUGAGGUAUAAAUCAACCUCUUGUUUGUUAGACUGUAUGUGUUACAUUGCCUUAGUUCAUUAUAGUUCUCUCUCUUUCUUGUUCAUGAUUCCUGCAUUUUUUAUAUAUUGAACUAUUUUAUGCAGAAAUUUAAAAUUUGACAACUAUGUAUACCAUCAUCUCUGGUAGACAGUUGUACUGAUGGCUCAGAAAUAGCCUCUGUGUCUGAGCCAUACAGAUUAGCAAAGUCCCAGGUUCAAUCCUUGGUCUGUGCUGCAGUAACUGCUUUCAGUCAGGGCAGCGUUCAUGUGGUAGUGGGGUUGGGUGGUAUAAUCAUGCGUACAGUCAUUGGGUAAGAAUAAUAUUAAUAUUAAGCUCAGUUGUGAUGCUCCCUGUGGUUGAACACCUGACAAACUUGCACAUGGCUAAUGAACACUUGGGCAAGGUACUAAAGGGUGAUUGGUACCAGAGGAACCAUGUCCCCUGGGAUGGAACAAGGCCUUAAUAAGUUGGGAUAAAAUUAAGAAAAAAACUAAAAUGUCUGCUGUUGUUGAAGUUGCCACGUUCGAUUGAUGUGCAAAAUGAUGCCGUCUUCAUAUGACAUUGCUAUAUUUGAGGAAAAAUGCAAAAUCGUUAUUGUUUCCCUCGGUUUGAAGACGCCACAUUCAAGAAAUACUCAAAUAUUGUUAAUAGUAUUUUAUAUACUAUAUGAAUAAGAUAGUAAAGGUAAGAUUUGUGUGGAGAAAUACAUUGGCGAAAAGUGUAGUAUUCUGAAGAAAAUUUGUGUUCACAAUCGAUGUAGGAUAUAACCAGCAGCCAAUACUGGGCUUAUAGCCAGUCGUUGUUUUCCAUGUAAUAAAGGGGUACCUUCAAGAUUUUAAAAUUCCCCAUUAGUGGUUGUUCAUAGUACGUGGACCUCUUGUUCAAAUCACAUAUGAAGAGUUCAAGUCCAUUUUAUUAUGUUACAUGUGCAAUUUGAUUCCGGAUUAAAGGUAAAAUUUGUGUCUUGCCUGAGGAAGAACCAAUAUUGUAUCCAUGGUGCAGUGACCCAUGGGGUGGGUGAGAAUUCACUGACCUUGGCCACAUUUUACCAGAAAAAAUGUGCAUCUUGGUUGAGGGUCAAGCUUUCCAGUUGUAGGAAAUCCAGAAAUAAAAUGCAAUUAAUUUAUACUUUGAAACCUUUCAGAUAUGAAAUUAUAAUCCACAAUAAUGGUUUCAAUAGAAGAAUUUGAACGCAGAUGUGAUUUCCUACUUGAAUUUCCCAAUUUCAUGCUUGGUUUCCAUUUAUUAUAAUGAAUAACCCAAAUUAUUUCCUAAUUUGCCAAUGUAGAAAUGGAAGCCAAAUUGAGAAUGACAAUUUUAUUUUUAUUUUUUCAAUGUUUAAGAAAACACUGUUAAUCAUUUAUAAUUUUGUUUUUUUUGGUCCUUUGAAUUCAACCAAUCCCACUGAGCAUAUCAAAUUAACACUGCCUGAUGUUUUGAUAAAUAUUUGGAGUUGAAUUCUUUUUUUAAAAAAAAAGUUACUUCUCUAAGAGCCUGCUCUUCAAAUAAAGAAUCCGUCUUAAGUCUCAUAAUUCUCUUGUUCCAAAGGUACUUAUAAAUCACAAUUGUGCAAUUUAAGUUUGUGCUGGGGGAAAAAAAAAUUCUUUUUGAUUUUUUUUUAAUAUAAGUUUUUAUCCAUUAGUUAAAAUGGCAUACAAUUAUCAAACAAAUCUAUUAUUUUAAUAUGAUUUUCUAUAAAUUUCUAAGACCAAAUGUUUCUUUAAUUUUAAUCAAAGGAGCAAAACUCCAAUUUUAUUUAAUAUGGAGAAUGAUAUCGUCAUUAUACCUCAAGGAUAUUUUGUUUCUAAUAUCUCAUUUUGGUUUAAUUUGCAUUGCAACUUUUAAUUUAAUGGAAUAUGCUUUCAAUUCAACUCGUCCAGCUGAUCUCUUAUGCAUUCCAUGGUUCAGAUCUGUGAUUGACCCCCUUUCACCUACCUUUGUGCGCUACCUGAAAAUCUUUGUUGGGGCGGAACUACUAGGUGAUAACUACCUUUCACAAAUUGUCAUUCCACCCAAAUAGCGUAGUAGGUGUACUUUUUUAUUUAAAGCAGAAAAAAAUGCAUUCAGGUUGCAGAAUAUCUUCUGAUUUUUCCUGCAAAGCUGUAAGACCCAGGAACCAAGCACAGUUCAGGUGCUAUCACACAAGGAGGGUAAAAAUUGAAAGACAGGUCACUCUUGCUCUUUUCAUAAUACCUGGUUCUGGAACAAGAGUGGGGGAACUGAACGCCCACUUUCUAAGCCACGUAAGAUGCGGAGGCCCAAGCUGUACUACCUUUGGGGAAACUUGCCCUAAAUUAAAAGUUGAAUGCUGUAGUAAUAUAAUUAAUAUUGCAUCUUACUGCUAUCAUGUUAUGGGGGGGACUAUUCCUUUAUUGCUGAAAUUAUGUAAAUUACAUUUCUAAACAUGCCAAAAGGCCAUAGUCAUGUUUAAGAUUUACGUGAAAUGAUUGCUUGACCCUUGAUUUCUGCUAAUGUACUGUAAUUAGUGCUAUUCAAGGCUUUUAAAAACUUCAAAGAAUUGUUACUGGGAAAGAUGGCUUUUACUAUGCACUUUUUGUUCAUUAUUAAAUGGUUAGAAACACA